ACUACUAUAUAAAAGCAGUGGAAGGGAUGGGAUUCAGCACCAGUCUGCCUGAAAGGCUCCCUGCUCUUGCCUUGCUCCUGCAGCUCCUCCCUACCCAGCAGAAACAUGAAGGCUGCUGUGGCUGCCCUCACUGUGCUCCUCCUUGCUUCCUGCUGCUCCUACAUCCAGGCUCAGUAUGGACCUAACACUCCAACCCUCUGCUGCUUCUCUUAUGCAUCCAAGAAGAUCCCACAGGUCCAUUUACUUUCCUACAAGGUCCCUAGCAGCAUGUGCUCCCAGCCAGCAGUGAUCUUCACCACUAAGAGAGGCCGGGAAAUCUGUGCUGAUCCCAAAGCACAAUGGGUCCAGGACUACAUGAAAGACCUAAAGCAAAACUGACCAGACCCUCACUACAACAGUUAAUGACAGCCAUCCUUAAUGCUUUGGGAUUUUGACAGCAGCCAUCCUUCCUUUCAGAGAAACCACUGAAUCGUAUUUAAUUCUUCCUAGGUAUUUUAACAUUAUAUUUAAAGAUGGUUUUGUUAAGCAGAACAGUUUAUCGUAUUUAAAUUGUGUUUGAGAUAAAUUAAGAUGAUUUAUUUUUAAACAAAAAUGUACAAAUGCAUCUGAGCACAAAGCUUGAUGCUUCGUGGUCAUGUACACUAUUGUAUUGCUAAUAAAGAUGU